CACCAAGUGCACACGUGGAAUAUUACUCUUACUCCAAAAUAAUUUUUGUGAUUCACAAAUUUCAUUCAUAAGACAUCGCGGAAAAGAGACCCAGUAGCAACAGUAGUCCGCAGGGAUAGGAGAACUGUAAACUCUGAAACUUGAGACCAUGUCUUCAACUGCAACCGCAACCGCAACCGUCGUCAUAGGCCCUUUUUCAACAACUUCAUCUUCGAAUCGCAAUGCUAGAACCACAUUUGCCGCCAAUUUUACUUCUAGAAGCUUCCCCUCAACUUCACUCUCUUCCAAUCGCUUCUUCUUCAGACUCCCUCACACUUCUUUUUCUAAGCGAUCCCCAACUUUCCGUCGAUUCAAGCGAUUUUCCCCUGUCAUGGAGUGGCAGGAUUGCACGGUUAAGAUGGAGGUUGAUGUGCCGAUUUCUGUAGCAUAUGCUUGUUAUUCUGAUCGUGAAGCCAUCCCGGAAUGGAUGCCCUUUAUUUCCACUGUUAAGAUAUUGCCAGACAAACCUGACCUGUCGCAAUGGUCCUUGAAGUAUAAAGCAUUUGGUCAAAAUAUUGAGUUCUCUUGGCUUGCUCGUAAUAUGCAGCCCACUCCAAAUCAGAAAAUCCAUUGGCGAUCUCUGGAUGGUCUUCCCAACAGAGGUGCUGUGCGAUUCUAUCCAAAAGGUCCUUCUUCAUGCCUUGUAGAACUGACAGUCUCAUAUGAGGUUCCUCAACUUUUAGCUCCAGUGGCAUCGGCACUGCAACCAUUUCUUGAAGGUUUACUUAAACGUGGUUUGGAAAGAUUUGCCACUUUCGCAAAAAGCUACAAAUGAUUGUCGUGAUUUUUAGGACUAUAUUUUUGAAAAUGAACAUACAUGAUUAUUUUUGUCCAAACACUGAUUGAAUUUCAUAAAGAUUUGGGUACGGUAAUGCCAGUGUUGGUUAGGUGGAUAGUGUUAUCCCAUUUUUAAGUGUUAAUUCCUCACGGCUCUUAUGGAAAUCAUGGUCAUGACGCAAAGCAAACACAUCAACAUAAAGCAGAAGAUAUGUUAAACCCGGAAUCCCAACCUUGUGGCACUGCUGAAAAUACAGAUAAGCUAUCAGUAUAAGCUACCCUUCAAGACGUUGGAGUAUUUCUAUGUAGUAUUUACGUACUUAGUAAUGUAUUUACUUGCAUACAUUUUUAGUUUUAGAUCCUACCUUUGUCAAACCAUCUCAGGACUGAGAAGCUCCUAUAAGACAUGUGCCCAUACUAGCUGUAUUGUAUAAUUUGUACAUGUAUUUCUAUACAAUAAUGAGGAGAACCUUUUUUAUUA